GUGCCAUUCUACCGGCCGCGUCGGACAUAAUAAAAUAUGGCUAUUCUGCGUCCCUUAUUGUAUCACUGUUCUGGGUAUAUUUGUGACAUUUUGCAAAACGCGGAAAAAUUGAUCUUCAUUUCUAGCCACACUGCCCUAGAAGAGCCCUCCCCCGGCCACCGUUGAGCUGCUCACGACCACGGACAUGGCAGGUGCACUGGCUGCCCUCUUUCAGUUACCAAUACAAUAGACAGGGUUUAGGAAAAAAGUCUGUGUUCAGACUUGGCGCGCUAGUUCGACUGUUACUUCACUACAAGACCGCUUUUUGUGGCCCGCCCUGCACACACGCAUCGGGAAGUAGUAGUCUUAUUAGUGUAGUGCUAUGGUGGAGGGUUAACUGCUCUGCGGUGCCCGAGUCUGUCGAGCACAAGUA